AUGGCCAGUCCUCCCGUACUUGCUUUCGAUGCUGAGGGCCGCCCAGUGAAGUUUGACACCUGGCUAGAUGACCUGCACCUCUUCCUACAGCUCACUGCCAAGGAGGAUAUUUCACUGUACGAUCAUGCCCUCGGUCACGCUACUGCCCCUCCUACCACUGCAGACAGCACUCAGCGCUCACAGUGGCAGACUCGUGACGCCCACGCUCGCUUCGCUAUUCGCAACUCCCUACCGCUAGAUGAGCGCGAGCACUUUGGCCAGCACAAGACUGCUAAGGACCUGUACACUGCUGUAGUUGCUCGUUACUCCUCGCCUGCUUCUGCCACACUAGGCCGCCUCACCCUCCCCUACCUGUUCCCCGACCUCGCCUCCUUCAGCACAGUCGCUGACCUCAUCACCCACCUCAGGACUAUCAGGGACCACUUCCUCGCUCGCUCUCCCACUGAGCUCACCAUUGCCCUCCUCGAGAAGGAAUUGCUUGCAGCUGAGGCGAGCAUCGUCGCUGUAGGCACCUCUCGUGGCGACCCCCGCACCCCGUUCUUUGAGGGGUGUUCCCCUUCCCCCCUUCUCCCCUCUGUCGCCUCUGCUGCUACUGUCGACCUCCUUGGUGCUGAGAAGGUCGGGACCGCGUCUGCUCCGAGCGGGCGCCGCAGGGGCAAAGGGGGCAAGGGUGGAGGUGGCGGCGGGGGAGGCGGGGGUGGAGGCGGUGGGAGUGGAGGUGGGACUGGAGAGGCUAGUGGCGGCAGUGGGGGUGGUGACAGCAGCGGCGGGAGCGGUGGCAGGGGCGGAGGCGGCAGCGGAGGCGGAGGUGGUCGUGGCGGCGGCAGGGGUGGAGGUGGCCGAGGCGGUGGCGGCGGCGGUGGUGGUCGUGGAGGCGCUGGCGGUGGCCAGAGCCAGCAGCACGCCCCGUCGCUUCAGGAGGCACGUGAGUGGUAUUCGCAGCGGGGGGGGGCGGGUGGUGUUACCUGCACGUACGUCAUUCGCACUGGUGACCGCGCUGGCCAGACGUGUGGGAAGCCGCACCCCACGCACCGCUGUUUCUCGCGCCUUACCGACGCAUGGCGCGCCCAGUUUCCUGCUGGCGCUGAGCUGCCCCGCUGGGCUGAUCUGGAGAGGCAGGGGGUUGAUAUCUGGGCUCUAGACUUUGAUGCUAUUCUCACUGCCAUGUAUGCGAUGUUUACUAGUGGAGAGGGUGCUCAGUACUUGCGUGUUCCGCCCGACCCGGGCAUUCUGACCAGUCCGGCUGCCGCUCUAGGUGCUAGUGAGUCUGCUGCCCCAGGUCCUGGUGAGGCUGCUGCUCUAGGUGCUCGUGAGUCUGUGCCCCCUGGUACUGAGUCGACUACGGCACUGCACACCUUCACACUGGACUCAGGUGCUUCUCGCUGUUUCUUUCGUGACCGCACUGUCCUUGAGCCACUCGCUCGGCCAGUUGCUGUCUCCCUACCCCUCUGGGGGUCCGGUCGUUGCGACCUCCUCCACUGUCCUUCCUUGUCCUGCGGUCCCGUCAGGCACACUGUCAGGUCUCUACCUCCCCUCGUUCUCUACGAACUUGGUGGUAGGUAG